AUGGAAACCUCGAGGAAACGGAAGCGAGACGAGCUGCUUUGUCUUCCGAGCAGGUCUGAGUUCAUUGAGCGGCUGCAGAGUAUACGUGGGCUUACCGAUGCCCACAUCGAGAAAAUUACAGCUGGCCUGGGCAUGCCUGCAAUCAAGCACGACACCGGCCUGAAGUAUGAGAGAGAACAAGGAUGCCUUCGGGACCUUCUGCUACCAGCAGCGAAGGGAGACCCGAUAAGGAUCCCUGUCAUGAGCCUAGCUGCGUCAUUGACUGAGAAGUGCCAGGCGAACAAAGCAUUCGCAGACAUUUUGUCUGCGGCUGUAAAAACGGCACCUGACGGCACCCUGGAUGCCCUGGUGUAUGUCGACGAAGCCGUCCCAGGCAACAUUGUCCAACCAGACAACCGCAGAAAAGCGUACCUCAUGUACAUUAGCUUCCUGCAGUUGGCCACGACGUUGCAGGCAGAGUACUCAUGGACGACGGUGGGGUGCGUCAGGCAUUCUCUAGUAAAUGCAGCAGCUGGAGGCUUGGCCGGCGUCAUGUGCGAAUUCGUUGGCCGCCUGCAAGAGGAGCUCCAGGGUUUCGCAAUCCAGGACAGCACGGGCUCGCCCGUUUUGGUGCGAGCCCAGAAGUUUUGGCUGCUCGCAGAUGAAGCUGCUUUGAGAGGGACCAUGGCGGCUAAAGGUUCUUCCGGGGUGCGGCCCUGCAUAAAGUGCAGGAAUGCUUGCAACGUCGGCUACAGCAUCGACUCCUUGCAUCCGAUAACAGAGCCAGAUUUUGGGGUAUUUCGCCGCUUGCAUGUCGAAAAAUUAAAGGAAUACCUGCAACACCUGAGGCAGCUUCCCAACCAAGCCCAGCUGGAGCGAGCCCAAACCCUGCUUGGCUGGCGAUAUGUGCCGCAGAGUCUCCCCUGCCGGCAACCCGACUUGAUCCCUCCGCAGCGGGUUCUCUACGACGGGCAACAUUGCUUCUAUGUGAACGGUAUAGUGAACGUGGAGCUGGGACUCUUCCUGGAUGCAGCGCUAGAAGCGGGUGCUCUUAAGAAAACAGCAGAGCUGGCGGAUGCCUUGGCAAAACAUGCUUGGCAGGGUCAAGGUAUGAGGGUGGCGCGACUGCUCAGUUCCAAACUCUUGCAAUCCGGUGGGGAAUAUCGCGGCAAGGCCUCCGAAACAAUGUCGGUCUUGCCUUUGGUCGUUUUCUUUGCCGAGAGAGUGCUGGCUCCUUGCGAGUUGCUGAGGGACAACGUUCGAUCACUGCAGCUACUCUGCCGAAUUUCUAAUUAUGUGCGUUUCCUGAAGCAGUCCCGGGACAAAGCGGCGGCCCGGGACAUGCUCCAGCUGCAAAAGAAGCACCUUGAACUUUACGAGAAGUGCUACGGGACGGACAAAGUGAAACCGAAGCACCACUAUGCGAUGCACAUACCUUCCCAACUUGAGGAAAGCCAUGUUCUGGCUGAUUGCUUCCCCACUGAGAGGCGAAACAAUCUCUUCAAGCAGGAUGUGGCACCCAGAAUGAAGAAACUAACAGGUUUCGAACAAGCUGCCUUGCUGCGACUUGCAAGGACGGAUGCCCAAAUGCAAACGUCCUUCAGUUUGCAGCCAGCCUUGGAGAACCCAAGACCUGAUGCAGCUCUGGCACUGCAGCUUGGCGUGGCCAAGGCCCUUUGCUCCAGGCGCCUGUUGUGCAGCAGCGGUGCUAUUGAAGCAAAAAAGACCGUGUACAUCUUGGCUCCCACCCUGGCGGUCAAUGUGAGAUGCUGGGUCCAGCUCAACAAUGACUGUUUCGGGCUUUGCCAUAAGAUGCACACGGUAAAUGAUUCCAUUUCGCGGCUUGCUCAAUGCAACAGUGUGUGGACAACGACGGAAGAGAACGUGUUAGUACCCUGCAAGUUCAUCUUGCAUACCUGUCGCGUGUCUUGGUCCCUUCAAGAAGGGGCCAAAGUCACUUUGUUGCAUUAA